AUGUCCAAGCUCUCCCCCCUCUUCAAACAUUGCUUCCCGUCACGAGAGCGGCGUCGGGUACAUCGUUCCCGGCCGGCUUCCGGGAACGGCGUCUUGACCUUGACCAGCUUGCCACCGGAACUUUUGCUGUGCCUCGCCGACUUCUUACCACCGAGCUCUGUUGCAUCCCUCGGGUUCACUUCCAAAUACUGCCGGGCAGUGCUUGACAAGCGACAUGAUAUACGACUAGAACAAGAUCCUGAAGAGAAGGCUCGGUUUGUUCAAAUGCUGGAGAGAGAUGUUCCACAUAUGCUGGCAUGCUACAGCUGCAAAGUUCUGUUUAACUGGAGAAAGAAACCUAAAGGGGUCUGUCCAAACCACGACAACCAUCGGAAUCUCAAUCAUGGCUCACUUUGGUGCUAUGCCCAUCGGCCCCCUUUUAUUUCUCGGGAGACGGUGGAUGCUUUCCUGAGGGGAUACGAGAAAGGCCCCAAGUACGGUCCCCAACUUGCCGAACUCGCACACGAGUGCAAGGGUGAUGGAGGAUGGUAUCCGACCAAGGGUGAGAAGAUUGCGAGGCGUCUCGACGCUCGCGUCCAACUCGGCAAACUUUUACUUCAUGGCGUGUAUACACUACGUGUUGCUCUUCCGUCACCUCCGAAGGCAUUUUCCCCAGGAUAUGUCGAUCGAUCCUUCAGGCAUACACUUUUGCCUGAAAUUGUCAAGUUCAACGGCAUCGGUUGCGUUCACCUGAGAAACUCCCUGCCGCUACUUCUUAUUGACGCUGUCCAUCACCUGGAAGGCGGCGUGCAAAGGCCAAUAUGCUAUGAUUUGAUCAAUUGCGGUUAUUGCGCUACCGAUCUUCGUGUCCGGGCGGUGGUGGGAGAGAAUGCAUGCCUCACAAUCGAGUUGGAGAUGUGGCGAUCUCUGGGAGGCAGAGAUCCUGCCACGAGACUUCCUCUUGAAGAUGCUCACUUCCAACCGGCAGACAUCAGACACGACCCCCUGGAUAUCAGCGAACCCCCAAGCCGGAACCUCGAAGACUUGUUCAACGGGGAUUUUGGGACAAUACGUGAAGGGCCCCAAAAUCGACAGACGUGGCUUCAAGUGUGGAUGUCUGUUUACGGCCAGGAGGGUGCGGAUUUUUGGGAAGAUCUCGUCGACGACAGCGACUCUGCAGUGACAGGGCAAACCCGAGUACAACGUCGGUGGCGAUCGCAGUGUACGGUACAGUGA